AUGUAUUUUGAAGCGCCCUUUUUAAAGCGCAACUUUACGGUGUUUCGCAUAGGGAGCAUUUUACUGCCCGCUGCACAUUUCGGCGCCAGGUGUUUCGGAGCAGACAUAGAAUACAACAAUAUUUUUGGAUUAGGCAAAUCUAGCAGGUGUAAUGUUCGUUAUCGAUCGCGCGACGAAACCAUCAGGGAGAACUUUCGGCAAUACGGACUGGAAGAUAAGUACGUGGAUAUGAUGAUCGCGGACACCAGCAGACCGGGUUUGAUUCGCUCUAAUAUGCUCUUCGACUGUAUUGUUACUGACCCGCCUUAUGGGUUGCGCGAGAAGGGAGUUAAAGUUGGUUCUAACAAAGGCCCAAACGGAAACUUGAACAGAAUGGCGGAAGCCCAUUUCCCGAUGAAGGUUCGCUAUCGGCUGAAGGACGUGUUCCUUGAUCUGCUGAAUUUUGCUGCAGAGCAUCUGGUGGUUAAUGGUCGCUUGGUAUACUGGCUUCCGUUCGAUGCUUCCGAUUUCGACGAAAUGUUUAUCCCUCGGCAUCCCUGUUUGGAAACCGUUGCCACAUGUGAGCAGUUGCUGAGCAACUCGUACGGCAGAUUGUUGGUGGCAAUGGAGAAACGGCGACAGUCGGAGACAUCAGAAAAGGCAUAUUUCAUACGCGAUUUUUAUUCCAGUUUUCGUGAUCGCGUUCUAAAAUGCCGUGUUAAGUAA